AAACAUACCCAGACUCUGAUAUUACUCACAGUUCCUUUGUUCCUGGAAGUCGUCAAGAAAGAAGAUGGAUUACCGAAGCUGCUUACUGUUGUUGUUUAUAGGCCACAGUGUUUAUGGAGGCCUGCCACAACUCUACCAAAUACACAGCAAGUUCCAGUAUAAGCACACGUUCAAGGGACCUCACCUCACCAACUCUAAGGGACAUAUACCAUUCUGGGAACAUGGAGGAAGUGCUAUUGCGAGUGACGAGUCUAUUCGAGUGUGCCCGUCCGUCAAGAGUCGUAGAGGGUGGGUGUGGUCUGUAAACCCAUUGGCCGCUGAUCACUGGAUGAUGGACAUUAGCAUGAGGAUUACUGGGAGACUUAAGAACGGAGCUGAUGGAAUGGCGGUAUGGUUCACUGAGUCUAAGGGUACGGAGGGCAGUGUCUAUGGCAACACAGAGUUGUGGAAGGGACUUGGAAUUAUCAUGGACUCUUUCGACAACGACGGUCAACACGACAACCCUCGUAUCCAAGUCGUCCUUAACGACGGUACGAGGCAGUACCAACAUCACACGGAUGGUAAGAACACAGAGAGUGGUGGUUGUGUCAAGGACUUUAGGAACAGGCCUUACCCCGUCAAAAUGAAGGUGGUCUAUCUCAGAGGAACCUUGGAGGUGUGGAUUCACGAAGGUGUUAGCCUCACAGAAGACGACUACGAGUUGUGUACCAAGCUGGAACACCUGCCCGAGUUGUCAUGGUUACCUAAACAAGGUUACCUGGGGGUCAGUGCAGCCACGGGGGGUCUCUCUGACGACCACGAUGUCCUCUCAUUCGUCACACAUUCUAUCACCCCCCUAGAAACAAAAGCACAAGAGCGAGCCCAGGAAAGAGUUGACGAGACGAAGUUGAAUGAUUUGUCCGACCAGUAUGCCAAAAUGGCCAAGGAUUUUGAUAAUCGUCGAGACACGUACCAACAGGAGCACAAUAAGGGAAGUGUGGAUGACUGGCAACGAGAGGUGGAGACUGAGCAGAGCAUGCGAUUGGUCGCUGACAUGCAGACUGCACUGCAUCGGGAGAUCAGGGCUGUCGCUCAAAAGGUUGAUCUGCUCAUUACUGGUGGAGCUGGUGGCGUGGACAGAGGUCGACCAAUGGACGCUGUCGGUUCCUCACUAGCAACAGAGAUAUCUCACAUCAAAACAACAGAGUCAAACAUUCUACACCAGCUGGCUGACCUAAGGGCUGCAAUGGACCGUACAGUGCCUGAGGGCGGUAAGGCGACCCUCUCCGAGCAGCUGCAGCCGGUGUACGAGACCAAGGCGAUGGUGUCGGCUCAGGCACAGAGUAUAGAGAGCGUGCUCACUGAGUUGAAGACUCUUGCCGCUAACAAGUGCCCCACUUCUAGUGAGACGUCGGCUUGUCUAACACCGUGGCUCUUUGUGGUUGUCGUGGCGAUGCAACUGAUAGUGAUGCUCGGCUACUCCAUUUAUAGACAAGCUCAAGAAAGAAAUGCAAAGAAAUUUUUCUAGUGACUAAAUAGAAAUAGACCAAUCACAUGAGGCAAUGAAUCAUUAGCUAUAGUAGGCGUCUUUCUCAUUACAUGAAGUAUUUUCAUAACUAUUAUAAAUUUUUGGCGAAGUUUCAA